AUGGGAAUAACUCAUCAGCAAGAGAAGAAGAAGAAAGUUGUUGUUUCAGCAGAGAAAGAAUCGUUUACCAGUCGUAUCGUGACCUCAGGUGACCUCACGCAACAAUACAACACUGCCUCAUCUUCAUUAUCAUCAUCCAUUCGCUCCCAAAAUCCGACCAUUCAUUAUUAUCGUUAUCAGCAACGAAGCCGCUGCAUUUUAUAUGCAAAUUUAAAACUGUUUAUUUAUUGGCAUGCAUUUUCGUUGUUAGCUUGUUUUGCAGCAACGGGAUUGUGUGUGCGUGCAGCCAUCAGUGAAUCAUUUCUAAAUGACAUGAAGCAUACAGAAAAUGAUAUCCCAGAUAUCCCAGAUCUCCUACAGCAAUCAUUGAAGUAUACAGCAUCCAUAAGCACCAAUGCCACCACUGCUGAUAAUUUAAUAUCUACCCGUCCGAAUCCAUUCCUGAGAUAUUCUCACUCCACUUCUGUACGACUAGGAUUGUCACUAGAUUCUGUUUGUUACAUUUGGUCUUCAAUCGCACUUCUUGAUUUGUGCAAGCUAGCACCAUGGGCACGAUAUCAAUUUCUUCGUAAAAUUUCCAUCUUUAAUCGCAAAUGGUUAGAGGAAAAUAACAUCAAAGCGGCGCAGCUAAUUCGGCUUACGCCGAGAUAUGUCAAUGAUGAAGCGGAUCUAUGA